UCUUCCUUCAUUUCUACCAUUUUUCUCCAUUCAAGCUCGCUUUCUGAUCCUUAUCUACUCCUUUUUUUGGCAACAAAUUUUAUCCUUCUUUGUUUGAGCAGUAAGCAGCAGCAACCAAAUCCUACUGUGUAAGGCUGGCUCCACAUGAUUUGGGUCACCAAAUAGAUUUCCAUCCCGCCAAUGCCUGAGAUGUGGGCAGUGGCAGUGAGCAGUGGCACGCCGGCACCGCAGCAGUCCAAAAUCUUUUCCUCCCCUGCGGAAAAUUUCUGGAAAUCUCUUCUUCAAUUUUUGUGAAUGUAAAAUCGAGAUUUCAAACGAUUUUACGAAAAAAUCGCGCUUUUAACCCGAUUUUAAAGUAGGUUUUACUCAAAAUCCAUACAUAACAUCGUAAAAUCGUAAGAUUUUACGAUUUAAAACUCGAGUUUGACAACCCUGUUCGCAUCCGCAGCAUCCAUUCUCAGAACCCCGUCCAGAGAGGUUUCUGAUUUCUACUGUCAUUCUUGUGGGCAGUUGCGCAUGGUUGACGAAAUCGGAGUAUUCUACCAUCGGCUGCAGAUAUUGCUUGCUGCGCUUUCAUUUGCUCCAGCCUCUGGGAGGCGCGAGAUGCAAAGGGGGAAGUCAAGAGGCAAAAAAACUGAAACAUUAUUUUUGAGUGGUUGUGGUUAAAUUUAGAAUCCACAUUAGCUUAAUUUAAAAACUGAUCAAAGCAGGCUUUUAUCCUACGCCUUGCGGUUGCGGGGAGGAAGAUGAACCCAGCUCUUGUUUUGUCUCAUAAUUGCACUUAUCUUUUAUUCUUUUUCCUUUUUUCCUUUUAAUUUCAGGUCUGAUCUGAUGUGUUUUUCUGAAGGAUACCCUUUGAUUACGCGUUUUUAAAGCGUGCAGGGGUCGUGUUCAUAUAUCAUUCCAAAGAAACUGAUAGGACUUGUCCAAACUAUAUAUUAAACAAUAUUUCCAAGGGCACUCAUGCAAUCAACAAUGUCUGAAAGUGUGAGGGCAUCAAGCUUGUUUACAACUUUGUUGCGGUAUGCAUUGGAUGUGAGGGCAAUGAUUCUUUUGAGCCUGCUCUUACAAAUCGCUCUUUCUUUCCUGGGCAAACGCAGAAAGCACAGUGUUAGCCUUAUCAACAAAAUAAUUCUCUGGUUUGCCUACCAAAGCAAAGAUUGGGUCACCAUUGCUGCUCUUGGUAAGCUUACUAGUCCCAUAAUGGAUGUUGACAUCGACAAUCUUCAAGGAAUAGGUUCAUUAUGGGCUCCCUUACUCAUACUUCAUCUUGGUGGCCCUGACACCAUCACUGCCUAUUCUUUUCAAGAUACCCAACUCUGGACCAGACAUCUCCUCACUUUAGUUGUCCAAUCCAUUCUUGCCUUUUGUGUCAUUUUUUUGUCAAUGCCCGAAUACUCGACCUUUUUCUUCCUACUUCUCACAAUUCCUCUCUGUUUUGCUGGAAUCAUCAAAUACAUAGAGAGGAUUUUGUGUCUUAAGGCUACUAACUCUAUGAAAACAAAGCGGAUCAUCUCCAUCUUUAAAAAUCCUAAUCAUCUAUCUCACCCAUUAUUAGACCAUCAAGAAUCAAAAAUAGUCCUCCUCGGCUAUGCAUUGUUUUCAGCUAUGAGACCAGAUGUCAAUAAUUACCUCAGCCAGAAGGAGUAUCCCCUGUCCUUUAAAGUGAGGAUACGAACCUAUCUAAGGAAAACCAACCAUCAAGUCAAGUUAAUGCUACAAGACUUGCUUGAAAGAAACGAGCUGAGGAGGAGUAAUAGCCAUUUGACUCACUUCGACAUAGCUGUUGUUGAACUGGGGUUUAUAUUUGAUGUUGUUUACACAAAAGCUGCUUUCAUUUAUACUAGAAAAGGAUUCAUCUUGCGCCUCAUCAGCUUCACUCUUUCCGUUGGGAUGCUUGUGUACGUCCUGAUUUCCGUCGAAGACCUUGAUUUUUCCAUAACAUUAUUGUUGUUGGUCGGAGCUGUUGCACUGGAUAUUUGUACUGUGUUCUCAAUUCUUUCUUCUGAUUGGGCAGUAAUUUUGAUGCAUAACAAUUGUUUGGCACGCAAAAUUCUCCAGUAUGUCUUGCAAUUCUUUCCUUGCUUCUUACCUCAACAGAAGAGGUGGUCGGUUAGGAUGGGACAAUUUGAUUUAUUGAAUUAUUGCUGGAACUCUAGGAAGGCCCGGGUUUAUAGGUUUCUACAAAAGUGCUGUAGCUAUGAUAAUCUUGAACAUUGGCAUAGGUUCAAGUAUACAAGGUUUGUGGAAGUUCCAAGCUGUUUGAAGCCAAAAGAUGUUUACCAAAGGCGGCUAGAUUCCUUCUUUUCAGGUGAUUCCUUUGAAGCAACGAGGGGGGAGAGGACGCUUGAUGAACUGAGGGGAGGAAUAUCUGAUAUACGUACUGACCUUGAAUGGAGCAUCAAAGUGGACUUUGAUGCCAGCAUCAUAGCCUGGCACCUGGCCACAAGUAUUUGUUACCAUCAAGAUAACAAGAAUCUCAAUAAUGCUCCCAAUGAAGCCAUGAAGAUCAGCAAAUACUUAUCAGAUUAUAUGAUGCAUCUGCUAGUCAUACGACCUGCUAUGCUACUACCUGACGACUGUAGCAGUUUCUGGUUGGAUCGUGCUCUUGAUGUGCUCAGGGACACUGCCUCCAAGGCAUCAAAUAAGAACGCUGCUUUCGAUUCACUGUUGCUGGACUUGCCCGAAUUCAGUCCCCAGACUGCGAUGGAGAAUCUGCCAAAAUAUGCAGGAUACCUGGCCACAAAAUUGAACCAAUACACAAAUAGAUGGAAGCUGAUAAAGGCAAUGUGGAUUGAGAUGCUUCUUUAUGCAGCACAUUCGUGCCAGAAUGUAAACCAUGUUACUCAGCUGGGACAAUACGGACGAGAAUUCCUUAGCAUAAUCUGGGUUAUGGGAGGGUAUCGUGUCAUACAAGAAUUGUUUGAGAUUCCAUCCAUCCCUGUUAUUGCUAAAUCGGUAGAAGUUUUCAAUGCUGGAAUCAUCCUUUCAAAAUCAAACUAUGAGAUCUGGUCUCAUUUCAUGGAGAUGCACAUUGUUGAGCGAGAGAAACUUUUUUAUAUUCAUGACAAGACAAAGCCGCCAGUCGAAUGUAAAGAUAGAUAUGAAAAGCGGUAUGUUGAAAACCAUAAGGUGAAGAGAUGGUUGCUGAUGUCUGAGGCAAAAAUCAUGAAGCGGUAUAACAUGUAGUUGCAUCAUUGUAUUAGGAUUUUUUGAGUAUAUUGAUUUAAAGGUUUGUUGUACAUGUUAAGUGCAAUUGUAAUUUUGUACGAAAGUAAAUUAAGUUUUAUUUU